GAGCAGAACCUGCCGAUCGAGAUACGAUGGGUCCCGGCACACACUGGAGUGCAUGGCAACGAAGACGCGGACAAAGCGGCCAAGGAGGCCACUGGGUGGCGCGAGAGGGGAGCAACGGGGCCGCGAGCAGAGACGCCCGCGGAGCUCUACUCUCUCCGCUCCACACUAAAGACGUGGGCACGCAAAGAAGCCCACAAGACCUGGGCGACGGGGUGGGACGUGGAGGUGCGAGGCAGAACCUCGCACCGCUACACACCCAGGCCGACCAGAAAGGUCCUUAGACUACACGAUGGGCUAAGUAAGCGCCAGAGCACGCUUCUCGUCCAGAUGCGAACAGAGAAGAUAGGACUCAACGACUUCCUCUUCAACAGAAGAGCGCCGGAUGCCACGGACGCCAAUUGCCCAUGCCGGGAAGGACGCCAAACGGUAUCGCACGUCCUGCUGCGAUGCCGCAAGUAUCGACAACUCCGACACCAGGAACUAGGCCACCUCUCCGGACGACACGACCUCCGGGAUAUAUUGAGCGAGCGCAAGGCAGCCGCAAAAGCCAUCAAUCCUUGGUCAUCUGUCGUAUGUGAGCACUCUUAUCCAGAUGGCCAAGCUCGAUCUUUCUUCCAAGCUCACGCCCAAGUCUCGACGGCAACUGUGGACUGCGAGAUGGAUUGA